UUUUGUGUUUAGUGUAAACAACAGUAGAAAUGGUGCUAAAGGUGGUAUGUGCACUAAGCGUUUUGGCACUGGUCACCGAAGCCGUGACAGUGCACAAGCAGCACAAGCAUGCGUUCUCCUCACAGCACUUCCUCAGACACGAUGGCCAUGCACAGAAAGUGUACAUCAUUGAACACCACAAACCAAGCAAACAUGACCCUCAUAAAAAGGUUGAACAUAAGUACAAGCAUGUGGACUACUAUACUCAUCCUAAGUACAAGUAUGGGUACAAAGUGGAGGACCACCACACUGGUGACAAGAAAUCUCAACAUGAACAUCGUGAUGGAGACUCCGUGAAAGGAUACUACGAAUUGCAUGAACCUGGUGGUACAGUCAGAAGAGUUGAGUAUCACGCUGACAAGCAUAGUGGAUUCCACGCAACGGUGAAACAUAAAACACAUCACAUAAUCCCGAAGAAACAUCAUCAUCAUGAAACAAAACAUCAUCACAAGAAAAUGUAGAUAACCUAGUAUCAGAAUGUUGAUUGUGCUGUGAUAAUAUUCAUUUAGUAAUAAGUUUAUUAUAAGCC